UUUUGGUAUUUUUUAAGGUCAUGCUGUAGAACUAACCAAUGGACGCGGGCACCAAAAUUUUAGUUGUGGGCGACGUGCGGGGACGUUUCAAGCAGUUAUUCCAGCGCGUGGAACAGGUCAACAAAAAGGCGGGACCCUUUGAGAUACUCUGUUGCGUCGGAGACUUUUUUGGCGACGAUAAACAGAACGAGGAGCUGAUUGCUUACAAAAAUGGGUUCAAGCAUAUCACAGUGCCCACUUACAUACUCGGCCCGAACCAGAAGGAGCAUGGAAAGCAUUUUGAGAAUCUGUCGGAUGGUGAAAUCUGCACAAACCUCACGUACCUCGGCAAACGAGGGGUGUACACGCUUACCAGUGGCGUUAAAAUAGCCUAUCUAAGUGGUGUGGAGUCAGCUGGUGCUGCGGAUUUAGCUAAAUCUAACCACGAGUUCACUAAAUCGGACGUAUUUGCUGUCAGAAAUUCGUGUCUGGUGUCGAAGAACUGCUCCACCGAGUAUAGAGGAGUGGACGUGCUUCUCACUUCGCAAUGGCCAUAUGGGAUGCAGGAGACUGAAAAUGCAACAGCAUCCAAAUUGAUAUCGUUCCUCUGUCGGGAGGUCAAGCCACGCUAUCAUUUUUGCGCCAUCAACGGCACCUACUUUGAGUGUCCGCCCUUUCGUAUGCCUAAGGACGAGACCACACAGUUUGAGCUCUGUACCCGAUUUAUAUCUUUGGCUGAUGUUGGAAACGCUGAAAAGGCAAAAUAUAUAUACGCGCUCACCCUGAAACCGGUCGAUAAGUCUCGAUUGCUCGAUCUGGUUCAGAAGACAACCAAUGAAAUUCCAUGCCCCUUUGCUGGCCUUGAUUUGGCCGGAGCCGUCGACAAGAAUGACACAUCGGAAAACCGCCAGUAUUUUUAUGAUAUGGAAACCAAGAAAUCAAAAGGACAACGCGGCUAUGGAAAGAAACGGCGUAUGCAGGAACUGGACCAGGAGAAAUGCUGGUUCUGCUUAUCAUCGCCCGAUGUGGAAAAGCAUCUCAUUAUUACUGUCGGGGAACGUUUCUAUCUGGCUCUGGCCAAGGGUCCGAUUAACAGACACCAUGUAAUGAUAUUGUCCACAAAGCAUCUACCCUGCGCAGCCCAACUGAGCACUGAGGAUUGGGAGGAGCUGGAUAAAUUUAAAAACGCCCUGCGCAAGUACUUCAAAACCAUCGGUCAAGUAGUUUGCUUCACCGAGCGCCAUUACAAGUCGUUCCACCUACAGAUCAAUGUUCUCGGCAUUGAGGAAGGUUAUGCAUGGAAGAUAAAGCAUAGCUUUGAGGACAAAGCUGAGGAAUUCAAUCUUCAAUUUGAAACACUGCCGCCCCUAGAUUCUCCGAAAAUGCUACCAGAGAUUGGACCCUAUUUUCUGACCGAACUUCCUGACGACAGCACUCUAAUUACGCGCCAGAUGAAUCAUUUCCCCCUGCAUUUCGCUAGGGACGUUUUCUGUUCCGAGAAUCUUCUUAACUGUGACGAAAAAGUCAACUGGAAGGAAUGCCUUCUCGAUAAAGACGAAGAGACGACUUAUGUGUCAGAUUUCCGCAAGGGGUUUGCCCCAUUUGACUUCACAAUAACCUAAAUGUGUAUAUUACAAAAAAGUAGGUAUAAGAAAGUUAUAAUUUCGGUUGUAGUCGCUUAAACCUUUUAGACGCAUCCCUUGUGUAAAUUCUAAAGCUAUAAUUUAAGUAUAAACAUUCUCGUCUCAAAAUUGA